GAUUGUGACUGGUUUAUCUUUGAUACUGUUACAUAGUGUUUUUUUUUCCUUUGGCUUGUGCCGCUGUAGGGUAACCAGAUUGCUACCUGGUUCAUGUUUUCUUGCUUUCUCUUAUACUUGUACAUGGGUUUAUAGCAUCCCAAUUGAUACUAUUUUAUAUAUAUAUAAUUUGGCCUUUCCAAAAAAAACCAUUUGUACAUGUAUAUUACUUAAUUUUCUCACUUUCUUUGCAAUUGCUUCCCCUGUUGUUUUGUUUUGUGCUUCAAGGGCGUCGAACACUCAAACCUAUUCCUCUGUUUGUUUCUUUGUUGGGCAUCAAAAGCAAAGAAUGGUGAUGCUAGUUGUGAUAAGUUACUGGAAGCAAAAGCUGCACUUUCUCGUUUUUUUAUCCACUUUCUCUGUUCUAUAUGUACUUGUGUUUCUAUGUGUUUGUAUAGCAGCUACAUUCUGCGCUCUUUUGGUCUCUUUUGUGUCUGGUUGGCUUCUUGAGGAUCAAUUGGUAGGAGUGAGGAAACAAGGGGAGUGCUGAUAGAUUUUUCAAAAUUAAGCAGAGGUAAGCAUGAUGAGUCCGGAAGGAGAACUUAAAGUAAGUUUUGGCUAUCAAUGCAAUAGCGAUAGAGGUAUCCCUUGCAAGGUUGCUACUGGCUAUGAAAUCCUUCCGGAAAUCCAGAGAACAAGCAGUUUCUCUUGCUUGUCUGGUGCUGCCUUAAGUGCAAAUUGUACACUAGCCAACACAAACAUCUGCAAUGGUGUGAUAGGAGAAGAAAUCCUUCCAAGUUUGGACUCUCCAAAAUCCUUUCGCCGGGUACCCUCUUCCCCGAGUCUUGCAAAGUUGGACAUACUAUCAUCUUCUCUCCACAGUAGUUUUUCAAACCUGAGUUGCAGCCCCUCUACUCCAAGUGAAAUGCUUGAAUGUGACCCUUGCACAUUAAAAUCCAUGAGUUCUCCUUCCAGAAGUGAAGGUUUUCUUAAUGGUACUGAAGUACAAGUAGCGGGAGGAGCUGCUGGUGAAGAUAGAGUUCAAGCAGUUUGUUCUGAAGAAAAUGGAUGGCUCUUCUGUGCAAUUUAUGAUGGCUUUAAUGGGAGAGAUGCAGCAGACUUUCUGGCUUGUACUCUUUAUGACACUAUCAUAUCUUAUUUUAACAUGUUAUGUUGGGAUCUUGAACCAGAUUCCAUCAAAGCUACUGAUAAUAUGGGUUUGGCUGGAUCCUUUCAUUGUAAUCUGGAUAAUAGUCACACUCUUCAUGAGCACCAAUCUCUAUCAAGAUUUAAGGGAAGCACCAAUUCUAGUCCACCUGCCAAAUCAGAAGCACCAUUUUCAAAUGCAGUUCUUAAAAGCCUGCAACAUGCUCUUGCUCAGGUUGAGAAUGAUUUCUUGUGCAUGGUUGAGCAGGAAAUGGAGGAGCGUCCAGAUUUAGUUUGUGUUGGAUCUUGUGUUCUACUUGUUCUUCUUCAUCGGAAUUAUUUGUAUACACUUAAUCUUGGCGACAGCAGAGCAGUGUUGGCUACGCGCGGUACAGAUGGAAGAAUGAAUGGGAAUGAGAGAUUGAAAGCUAUCCAGCUUACGAAUAGUCAUACAGUUGACGAUGAAGCUGAGAGAGCUCAACUUCUUGCCAAUCAUCCUGAUGAUCCAAAGACUAUUGUAGCGGGGAAAGUAAAAGGAAAACUAAAGGUCACUCGCGCUUUCGGGGUUGGCUACUUGAAAAAGAAAAAUCUGAAUGAUGCAUUGAUGGGAAUCCUUCGAGUUAGUAAUCUUAAAAGCCCGCCAUAUGUUUCAACCGAUCCAUCAGUGAAUGUGCACAAAAUCUCAAAUUCUGAUCAGUUUGUUAUAGUUGGGAGUGAUGGUUUAUUCGACUUCUUCAGCAAUGAUGAAGCAGUUAAGCUUGUAGAGUCUUAUAUCUUAAGCAAUCCUUACGGUGAUCCAGCAAAAUUUCUUAUUGAGCAGCUAGUAGUGAGAGCAGCUGAUUCUGCAGGUUUCAGCAUGGAAGAGUUGAUGAAUAUUCCAGCUGGGAGGAGGAGGAAGUAUCAUGAUGAUGUGACCGUAAUGGUAGUCAUGCUUGGGAUGAAUCAACGGACUUCAAAGGCAUCAAUUUGCAUCUAAAGACAAGCCAAAGAAAAUUUGCAUCUCAAGCUUUUCAAUGGACACCUUGGUUAAGUAGUGUCUCAGAGAAAGUUAUGAUACUCAACCUUGUACAUAACAUUUUUGAACUUUGAUUAUGAGUUCCUUUGGUAUUUGAACUGAGUCUAAUAAUUGUAUGAGUCAUGAUUCAUAAACACCAAAACAGUAUAUACACUCUCAUACACCAUAUUUUGAUCUCUUUUUUCUGAUCACGUCGCAAUAUAUAUCACACUCAUUACUCA